CUUCCUCCUGUGAAGAUGGAAGAAGUAAAGCUCUGGCCUUUAGCGGUGUUAUCAGUUCCUGCUCACAACACCAGAUUUGUGAAGGCAAAACAAGAAGAGCUGCAGCAGAAGGGGAGCCGGACAGUGCUAACAGCUCCCAUGGUUCAAGUUGCCGACCCGACUGGAGAUCCACUGAUUGUAUGCCGCGCCUGGACUGCUGAUGACGUCAUUGCUGCAUCCAAGCACCUUCCCAAACCAGAAAAAGGUGGGGAGGUCUUGGCGCGAGCCCUGGAGGACUUUGUCAGAGACUAUGUGCCCAGCUCUGGAGAAAUGGCUAGAGUGAUGCUGAAUAUUCUGAGCCAAUCCCAGUUCUCCACUCUGAGGAGCCACUUCGAGGCCCAACACCAGCCUGCAACUCACGACUGGCAUGACCCUGCCAACCAGAAUGCAGCAAACGUGGCCUAUAGACAAUGGAAAGAUGGACUGAUAGCGGCUGUUCGUACUCACUUCCCUGUCCAGUGCGACCACGCAAAGGGGGACAUGACACCUUAUGAGACUCUCCUCAAACAGCACUUUCUCAACAAUCUACAGAAGCCCCUCAGCAGCGCCACCAAAGACUCUUGUGUUGGUUGUGAGGACAGCACUGUCCGUCUGGCCCAGAUGGCUCGCCAUGCCAAGCCCGAACAGCGCCGCCAGCAGGAAAAGGAGGCCAAAGAAAAAAAAAAGAUAAAGAGCGACGCCCAGCAUCGUGCACAGCUGCACCUCCUCCAACAUGCGUCAUUCCCACAAGCCCCUGCGGCUGCUCCUCCUCCUGCUUGGCUUCUCUAUGGGUGCUUACUAGAGGCUGACAUUUUUCCGGGAUUCCCACGGGUCACGGGAUUCCCGUGGGAUGGGAGUCAUCUCUGCCAUUAAUCACGGGACCGGGACAGGAUGGGAUUAAAUUCUGACGAGAGCGGGACGGGAGCGGGAGCUCAAUUAAAAAAAUAAAAUAAAAAAAA